AUGCGCACUACGCGUGGUCUGGUCGCUCUUGCGAUCACCUUUGUGGCUACAUCAUCAUUCGUGCUGAGUAGCCCCGACUCCGGUGAGUCAAGCUUCUGGUCCAUUCGAGCCGUCGAUGUCUGGCGAGUCGCACUUUGCGCUGCCUGAGAGUUGCAAGAUCCUUGUGACUAGCAAGCAUAUCUGUACUUGCAGCGAGCUUCGCAGCUGAUGUUUUCCUCUCUAAAACCAUUUGGUCUGCCCGGUAUCGGCGGAUUCGAAGAGGGGCUACUGAGUAAACGAGCCCAGAUCGACAAGUCGGAAUGUUGCAACGAUAACAGUGUCGAAUGCUGCGAGUACGUCCCUCUCAAGCGAGAUCUGAUUCCUGUUGCACACGGACAAAGCUCAAUGCCACUUUUGCAAAGGGCCAUCGCAACGGAGCCGUCCAAGGGGGAGGAAGGUGUGUUCCACACUAGGCAAAUAUGAAUAAACAGAGUGCUCGUACUAAUCUUCCACUCUGCCGCAGAACGUCGCUCCGAGACGCCAAGCGUGAGACAGAGAGAUCUCAAGACUAGACAAUUCGAGACUAAUUGCUGCCAGCCAAUCCGACUACCUUGCUGCGCCCUGCCUCCCCGUCGCCGCCAGACUUUGGCCACCCUGCAAAGCCGCGAGACAUCGGGAGUCUUAGUUGCCAAACGAAGUAAAACUCCGGAAGAGCUCAUUGCGUGUUGCAAGGAUGGAAUCGGUCCCUGCUGCGAUGAGCCCUUCCCUCCAAAGAACUUCAUGGCAGUCGCAACAAUUCAAACACGCGAAGUGAGAAGAGCCGAGACAUCGGGAGUCUUAGUUGCCAAACGAAGUAAAACUCCGGAAGAGCUCAUUCCGCUCACGCCGUGUUGCAACAAUGGAGUCGGUCCCUGCUGCGAUGAGCCCUUCCCUCCAAAGAAUUUCAUGGCAGUCGCAACAACUCAAGCACGCGAAGUGAGAAGAGCCGAGACAUCGGGAGCCUUAGUUGCCAAACGAAGUAAUACUCCGGAAGAGCUGGUUUCGUGUUGCAAGAAUGGAGUCGGUCCCUGCUGCGGCGAAGAGCCCCCCCCUCCACAGAAUUUCAUGGCAGUCGCAACAGCUCAAACACGCGAAGUGAGAAGAGCCGAGACUCCGGAACCGUACAGCAUAUGCUGCAACGAGCAGACUGAUGAGUGUUACGAAUUUCCGCCUCCUCUUCCUAAGUUCAAUAAGAUGCCAGAGCGCCGUGAUGUGCAGCUCAAAGAACCCCAAAAUGGCGGUGAGAGAGAUCUGGAAGUUUCCGCGCUGACCAACCACUGAUGCCCCUUGUGUGUGUCCAGCUCUGAUGGUGAGAGGUGGACGACCGGAAAAGAGGCAGUCCACCGCCGCACCUCAAGGACUGGAGGUGAAUCGACAGGUCAAGCGUGAUUCGCUAGACUCACGAAAGCGAGGACCCUCGACGAGUUCAUUCGCCGGGCUAAUGACGAAAGGUAAGCACCUGGCACCAAUACACCUCGACGGUAUCCCGACUUUCGCCUUCCGCGCUGGUCGUCUGUUGCAACGGCGUUGUGGCCGAGCGGUUCGCACCUGCAGCAGGCCCGAUCAAGCUCACAAGACGAUCCUUUCCGCCCCCUCGGUAGACUUGGUGUAUCCCGCAAAGGAGCUCGGAGAUCGAUCACCUGCAACAGAUCUAACGAGGCGUGAGACCUUAGAGCCUCGACUGGUUCCGAAUCCAUGCUGCUACCCAGUCAUGCACAAAUGCUGCAAAAAAAAUGCCCGACGUGGACUCGAAUUGACGACGGAGAGGCAAGUGCCGACGGCGGAGCUGGAGAGCAGGCUCACCGAUGGCAAGCCUUCGACCGACCUGAUCCUAUCAAAGCGCGACAAGCUCGAGCCCAGACUGGAAGUCAUUCCUUGCUGCUUCCAAAAAACCGGAAGUUGCUGCCCUCCUCGUCGUCGAUUCUACGAAAUCGCCGACCUGGUGAAACGCGUCGCGGCGCAUGACGUGGUACGCCUGAGAUCUUCCACGGGACCAGCAGUGAAGCGAGACGUUGACCGCGAAGACGAGGAGGAGAAGACGAGUGCCCGCCGACAGGACUCAGGCGUCCCUUCUGCCAAAGACGAAAGUCAGAACACCAAGAGGUCUUCCUUGCAGAAGCGCAUGCUGGGAGCCGAUGUCCAGCAAGAGAGCGAGUAUCGUUGA